UGGCCCCUCAGCUGCUUCCGCGGCGCCGCCUCGCCGCGUUCUUGUGGGGUUUACUGUGAACUCGCGGAGCCCUUGUAUGACCUCCGGGUCGGGAGGAGGGAGCCUUGUUGUGGCCCCUGCUGUGGCCCUGCCUCGCUGCGGAAACCUGACGAGUCGUCUCCCUGACGUAGCCUCAGCCUCCCCGGCGGAUAAAUCCGCUAAUCUCCUCGCGGCUCUAACAAGCCUUGGAUCCCGGAGGCGUGGGCUGAGGGGGCGGAGCCUGGGGGCGUCCUGGAGGUGGCUCCUAGCAACGCGGGGAGUGGGUCUCCGGAGGCUCUCGCGGAAGGGAGUUCAUGACAAACUCCGCAGAGGAUGCUCUGGAGCUUGACCCGGCUCCAUCAAAGCCCAUCUCAAAGCCAUGGGUGUUUCCAGUCCCAAAGGGAGCCCUACAGCGGAUCUUUGGGAGCAGCCAGGUGUUCCGGAACUUGGAUGUUGUAAAACCGAAGAUCGCGGGAUUAACAGUGCCCCUCAAAGUCAGGGAGUACUACCACCAAGGCCUGCAGUGCUUGGAGAAAGAGGACUGGGAGAUGGCUGUGCUCUUCUUUUCCCGUGCCCUCCACCUGGACUUUGAGCUGGUAGACUUCUACGCUUUACGAGCUGAGGCCUACAUCCAGCUCUGUGACUUCUCCUCAGCUGCCCAGAACCUGCGAAGGGCCUACUCCUUCCAGCCAGAGAACACCAAGUACCUGGAGCGACUUACCUUGGUCCUUUACCUGCAGGGCCAGUGCCUGUUUGAGCAAUGUGCCUUCCAGGAAGCCCUGAGGGUCUUCUCACAAGCCUCUGCGCUCCAGCCGGGGAAAGCCAGCUUCCGUUACCGAUGCAUGGCCUGUCUCCUGGCCCUCGAACAGUAUCAGGACUGCCUCUCACUCGUCACCGAAGAGGUGAAGCUUGGUACAACCAAUGCCGAUGUCUUCAUCCUCCGAGCCAGGCUCUACAACUUCUUCCAGAAGCCCAGCCUCUGCUAUCAAGACCUGCACAGUGCCUUACUGUUGGACCCCAAGCACCCACAAGCCAAGGUGCUGCUCCAGAUGAUGGUGGACCAAGCCCAGCAGGCGCGUCAGGAUGCCGGGAUCCUGGCCGUGCAGGGCAAGCUGCAGCACGCCCUGCAGUGCAUCAACUGUGCCAUCGAGAACAACCCUCUGGACCCUGGCCUCUUCCUCUUCCGGGGCACCAUGUACCGCCGACUCCAGGAGUUUGAUGCCGCCGUGGAGGACUUCCUGAAGGCUCUGGACAUGAUGAGCGAGAGCCAGGAGCGCGCCGUGCAGCAGGCCCAGCGGCAGCUACUGCUGACCUACAACGACUUUGCUGUGCACUGCUACCUGCAGGGCGCCUACCAGGAGGGCGUGCUGCUGCUCAACAAGGCCCUCAAGGACGAGCAGCAGGAGAAGGGCCUCUACAUCAACCGGGGCGAUUGCUUCUUCCAGCUGGGCAACCUGCUCUUUGCGGAGGCCGACUACCAGCAGGCGCUGGCACUGAGCCCGCAGGAUGAGGGCGCCAACCUGCGCAUGGGGCUGCUACAGGAGAAGAUGGGCUUCUGCGAGCAGAGGGGCAGGCAGUUCCAUAAGGCGGAGAGCCACUUCUCCAUGGCCAUCCAGCACAACCCCCAGAAGGCCCAGUACUACCUGUACCGUGCCAGGAGCCGGCAGCUUCUGCAGAACAUUUUGGGGGCCCGCCUGGAUGUUGCCACCGUCCUGCUUCUCAACCCCAAGCAACCCAAGCUGCUCACCCUGAUGGCCAGCCUCUUCCCGGGCAUGUCGGUGGAGGAUGUGCUCUGCAGCCAGGUGGCCCACCUGGCCAGGCUGCAGUUGGAUCGGGUGUUGGAGAGAAGCAGCCUGCAGACUGGCAUCCCUCAAGGCAUCGUGGGGCAACUCAGGGAGCGGGAACUAGAGCGCCAGAAGGCUCGGGCCCUGCAGUUCUGGUGGAAGCCUUUGUUUGGGAUCUCUGAAGAGCUCGAGGCCGCUCCCCAGACGCUGACAGGGGAGCCAGCAGGUGCAAAGGCAGCCGAGGCCCUCCAUGAGGAGGAAGAGCUGGGCCCCCUGAAGAGCUCUAAGCCCCCGGCCUUCCUUCCAGAGCUGAGCGGCUGGCCCAGGGGGCCUCCCACAGCCAGCAACUUCCCCACCUUUCUUCUGCCCCAGGAAGAGCAGCAGGAGCCCGCAGCCAGAAGGGUGAGGUCCCCGUCCGAAGGCUACCCCGACCAGACCUCUUCAGGCUCCGUCUUCGGCUUCGGGACCAUGUCCACCUCAGAGACGUCAACUGUUUGCAAGGAAUACAGGAGCACCUCAGCCACUGCUGUGACAUCCUCCGACUCCUCACUGCUGAAGACUCAAUCCUCAGACCUCUUGGAGAACAGCAGGGAACACCUAAGCUUGAGCAACAGCCCCCAAAAUACCAAGGUCGCCCAAGGGCAGAGCCAGAGCCCCAGCAGGACCAAAGUCACCCAGAGCCAGAGCCAGAACCCCAGCAAGACAGAGUCCACCCAGGGCCAGAGCCGGAGGCCCAGCAAGACCAAAGCUACCCAGGGCCACAGCCAGAGGCCCAGCAAGACAGAGGCCAUCCAGGACAAGAGCCAGUGCCUCAGCAAGAUGGAGGUUGCCCAGGGCCAGAGCCAGAGCCCCAGCAGGACCAAAGCCACCCAGGGCCAGAGCCGGAGCCCCAGUAGGACCAAGGCUGCCCAGGGCCAGAGCCAGAGCCCCAGCAGGACCAAAGUCACCCAGAGCCAGAGCCAGAACCCCAGCAAGACAGAGUCCACCCAGGGCCAGAGCCGGAGCCCCAGUAGGACCAAGGCUGCCCAGGGCCAGAGCCAGAGGCCCAGCAGGAUAAAGGCUGCCCAGGGCCAGGGUCGGAGCUCCAAAAGGACAAAGGCCACACAGGGCCAGAGCCAGAGUUCCAGCCAGACUGAAGCCACCCAGGGCCAGAGCCAGAGGCCCAGCCAGACUGAGGCCACCCGAAGCCCAAGACAAAAACCUAACAAGACCAAGGCCACUCAGGACCCAAGGCAGAGGCUUAGGAAGAUCAAGGCUGCCCACGGCCGGAGUGGGGGACUGAUCCGAAGUUCUAGCAGGACCAAGGAUUUCUAUGAUCCAAGUUGGAGCCCCAGCAACACUGAGGCCACUCAGGACCAAUGCCAAAGGUCCAGCAAGACCACGGCUGCCCAGAGCUGGAGCCAGAACACAAGCCCAGGUUAUAGCAAGACCGAGGACACUUGGGGACUGAGCCCAACUCUCAGAAAACCCCAGACCAGAGGGCCUGAGCCAGAACCCCAGAAAAAUCAAGACUGGUCCAGCAGUGACACUGAUCCCUGAAGGGGCCAUUCAGCCCCCUCACUUGUUGCUGGGUAUGGGAGAGAUUCUAACCCCCAUAUAUAC